AUGAGAGAUCCAUGCGUGCGCGGCUCUCCCCGGCGAGAAGCGGGGGAAGAAGAAAUCCUGCAUUCUCCCCCGAUUCCGGGUCUCCCGGGCUGGAGAGGGGCUUUCCGGAACGGCCGGGGGAGGCGGCGGCGCGCAGGGCCGCCUCUCUCCCGCACGCCACGCAUACAGCUUCCCGCGGUGCGGCCGCCGCCGCAGACCCGCGCAGCGGAUAGGCAGGAAGGUGGCAGCACUCCGGGGUGGCGUUUCUGCGAACUGCCCAUCCGCCAGCCCUCCCGCAAGCACCAAACGGCGGGAGAAGGAAGAAGGAGCAUGGUGGGGUCAAACGGGGGAGUUUCGGCAGUACCGCCAGCAGCUGGUGAGGCAGGUCUUCAGCCCUUUCCAGCACGGGGCUACAGGAAAGCCCGGCUCCCGGCACCACCGGGGAGAAGCGAAGAAAGGCAAGCAAACAAAACGCGUCAAGGAAGCCCCGAGCUGGGAGAAAGGCCGCUCCCCCAAAGCUCCACGGCGAAUAGCCGCCGGCCGCCCCGCGUCCGACCCCGGGGACUCCCCCGCCGGGCGGCGGGAGGUGCGCAAACGUCGCUCCCCGCGGGCAUGGGGGUCUCACCGUCGGCCCCAGGAAAAGGAAGUUUGCUCUCCUCCUCCCACCAGCCUCUGCCACCAAGGAGCCGGCAAGCCCCCACCCUCCCCCGGCCCGGCCUCCCCUGCUGCGGCUUCCCGGGGCAGUCACACCAACCCCGACCCCUUACCUGCUGGGCAGGCGGCAGGCCGGCACGGUUCCUCGCCGAGCACCCCACACCCGCCAAGUUUCGGGCAGGCGCAGGGGGUCGGGGGCAGGGUCGUGAGCGGCGACAGGAGCGCGGACGGAGAGCGGGGUCUUCUAGGCGGCAAAACACACCCAGUGCGGAAGGGGCCGUUCGCGCCUCUGCAAAGCGACCCCGGGCUAUAGCAGGGGUCUGCGGAAAAAAACUUCUGCCCGCGCCUCUGCCGCCGCCGGCUCCGCUGCUAGCGGCACCCACCGCCACCGCGCUCUCCCCUCGCGCCCAGCUGACUCCCGGCGGGGCCCCGCCCCGCUCCCGCCCCCGUCGCACGCAGCCGCAGCCCCGUCCCGCGCCUAGUCGCUGUUGCCGCCGCCACCGCCCCGCCGAGGGCAGGGGGCGACUGGGAUCUCCGGUGGUGACGGGCGGCACAGCGGCAGCGCCCCUUCCCGUGAGGGGAAGCGCUGGGGUUAGCAAGUUAGGAGGCUAUUACUGA